AUGCAAUAAUUUGAGAAGGAUUUCGAAGGUGAUCUAUCUUUCAGAAAAAUAAUUAACAUGCCCACCAAAUUAACUAAAGAACAGAUCUACUCCUGCAAUCCAAUGACAAUCGAGUAAAAUUAUUUGAUUGACACAGAAAUUAAAUUAAACAAUGUUAUCACCACUAUAAACACCUUAAAUAUUAAUCCUGAUUCUCCUAAAACCAAAAAGUCGCUUGAAAUUUGCAAUCUCUAAUACGACCAACUAUUACAAAAGUAAUUACUUAUUCUUAUUUUCCUACAGAGAACUUGUUGA